CUGCUUGUUGGUUACAUUGUAUCAAUCUCUCAGCAUUGAAAGAUACUAACAGCCAUCAAGAUUUAUUUGAGAUACAAGACGGAAUCAGGGAUCUAAACUGGGAUGGAACCUGGCAAAAUAUUGGAUUGUACUACUAGGGCGACCAAAAACCUGCGCUUUAGAUCGAACAGGGCUUAAAAUUGAACCUAAAAUGCCCGUUUUAGCCGGUAUUUUUAAUUUUGAACGGGAUCUCAACGUGUGAUGGCUGCAGUCCAGUGAAGUGGCCUUUCCUUCCCCCCGCUGCUGGAUGUCUUGGGAGUACAUUGACUGGGCUGCCUGUUUGUUUUCAAGAAAUCGGGCUAGUUCAAGUCCUUUCCCCUUGCUUUGCGGAUAUAUGGAAUGUACUUAAAUACUGGUUGGAUCGGGGUCUGCAAGUGGGGGCACCAUGCGGGUAAGUGGGAAGGGGAUACCGAAACCGUGAGGCUGCUGGAACCCUCCUCCCGCCGGCCCCUGGCGUCUGAGCGGGUGUCGGACCGGACCUCAGCGCACCUGGCCCGCUGGCACUAAGAUGUCCCUAAGUGGGGGCACUACAGUUGGGAAAGGUGUGGACUCGAACGCGGUGGACACUUACGACAGCGGCGAUGAAUGGGACAUUGGCGUGGGCAAUCUGAUCAUCGACCUCGACGCUGACCUAGAGAAGGACAAACUCGAGAUGUCUGGCACUAAGGACGGAGGCGGCGUAGCGGCGCCCCCUAGUGCUGUGGCCGCUCUGCCUGACAACAUCAAGUUGGUCAGCCCCGUGCCCGCUCCUCAGGGCAAGGAGAGCAAGACCAAAUCAAAGAGGAGCAAGAACUGUAAGGAUGGAGGUAAGGCCUCAGGCGCAGAUGGCCCCAAGAGAGAGGCCCAGGGGCGGACCCAGGGGGAGGGCGUGGCCAUGGCUGCCAGUGUGGGCGGGGCCAGUUCCGGGAAGGCCGUGGAGAAGAGUGGGAAGGCCUCCCGCAGCGUGCCCACCAGCAAAAAGGACAAAGAGGCCGGGUCUGGAAAGAGUAAGAAGGAGAAAACUGAGGGUGUGGCAGUGACUGUGGUUGCCACGGAGAAGGAGGCGGGGUCCCAAGCUGCGGCUUUAGGCGCGGCCCGCAGCGCCCCUUUUGAGGGAACACAAAGCACAGACUUGGCAGCAGCCGAGCAGCUUGGGAAUAUUGCCCUGGACUCGGCAGGGACCACCCCUCCAUCGGGCAUCAAGACUGAACCAGAGGAGAUGGACAAUGGAGAAUGCAGGGCUCUGAAGAAGGUGAAAAGCGAAAAGAUGGAGUCUCCGGUCCCCACGGCGACACCGGCCCCUCCCCCAGGGGGGAGCGGUGACAUCUCCUCAGCCUGUGAGCAGAUCAUUGUCCGCACGCGCUCCGUGGCGGCCAACACAUCGGACGUGGCCCUCGCCACUGAGCCAGACUGCCUGGGGCCCUGUGAACCCGGAACCAGCGUGAACCUGGAGGGCAUUGUGUGGCAGGAGACCGAGGAUGGAAUGCUGGUGGUGAAUGUCACCUGGAGGAACAAGACUUAUGUGGGCACACUCCUGGACUGCACCAGGCAUGACUGGGCACCACCAAGGUUCUGUGAGUCUCCCACCAGUGAUCUGGAGAUGAGGAAUGGGCGUGGGCGGGGCAAGCGAGUGAGACCCAACAGCAACACCCCGGUGAACGAGAACAGCAACUCCUCCGACAACAAGGGCAGCAGCAGCAGCAAGACGCGGGCCGGGUCCAACAGCAAGGGCCGACGGGGCAGCCAGAACUCCUCUGAGCGCCGCACCCCGCCCAACAGCAACACGGAGGACGUCAAGGCCAGCCCCUCCUCCGCCAGCAAGCGCAAGAGCAAGCCGGCUUCCGACAUGGAGCCCAACUCCAGCUCCGAGGACACCAAGGGCAGCAAGCGCAUGCGGACCAACUCCAGCAGCGGAGCACCCCCUGCUGGCCUCCCAGUCCCCUCUGUCCUGACUGAGCCCCUUCCCCCGCCCCUCGACCGCAACUGCCCCUCCCCAGUGCUCAUCGACUGCCCGCACCCCAACUGCAACAAGAAGUACAAGCACAUCAACGGGCUCCGGUACCACCAGGCCCGCGCCCACAACGAUGAUGACAUCAAGCUGGACCUGGACGGCGACAGCGAGUACGGUGAGGACUCCACCCUGCACCCCGAGCCGGGCAGUUGCAAUGGGGCCUCCAGCUCCCAGAAGGGCUGCCUCUCUCCGGCGCGCUCCCUCACCCCGAAGGGCAGGGGCUUCGACGCCCAGAGCCCCUCCCCGUCUGGGAAGUUCAGCUCCAAGCCCUCUGGUAAGAAGAGGCCAUGUGACGGGGAGGCGGAGGCCGGAGCCGUGCCCCUGGACGGCUGCGAGGACGGGCCCUGCCUCACAGACGAGGCCAGCAACGAUGGCGUGGAUGACAGGAAGGCCGACAAGGACAAGUCCAAAAAGUCCGGUGGCGGGGCAAAGUCCGAUAAGACGGCCCAGAAGAGUGUGAAGUCGGCCCGGCCCAUCGCCCCGGCCAUUCCUCCCCAGCAGCUCUACACCCUGCAGGCCGCCGCCUUCGCCGCCGCCAGCCCCGGCUCUGCCUCCGCCAUGACCACGGUGGUGCAGGCCGUUCCCAAGAGCCCCCAGCUGAAAAGCAUCCAGCCCAAACCCACGGGCAUGGGGGAUGCCGCCCUCACCCCGGCCAUGAGCGGCUCCAAGGACAAGAAGAAGAAGGACAAGAAGAGGAAGGAGACUAAAGAGGGGGACAGUCCCAAGCCCCAGGGGAAAGGGGGCAGAGAGGAGGGGAAGAGCCCCUACUCCGAGCCCACUGACACGGGGGGUAAGAGUGAGGCUCUCCUCAAUGGCUCCUCUGAUCCCCACCAGAGCCGGCUGGCCAGCAUCAAGGCCGAAGCCGACAAAAUCUACAGCUUCACUGACAACGCCCCCAGUCCCUCUAUUGGUGUGGCCAGCCGGAUAGACAGUGGGGGUGCGGGGCAGCCCCUCACCCCCCUCCACAUGGUGACCCAGAAUGGGGCGGACAACUCGUCUGUGAAGACCAACAGCCCGGCCUACUCGGACAUCUCUGAUGCAGGGGAGGACGGUGAGGGCAAAGUGGAGGGCGUGAAGGCCAAGGGUGAAGACCAGGCCUCCAGGGAAGGGGCCAAGAAAGCCCUCUUCCCCUCCCAGACCCCCAACAAGGAGUCACCGUACUACGCCAGCUACGACUCCUACUACUCUCCCAGCUAUGCCCACCCCAGCCCGGGUGGUUCAGGGGCCAGCGCCCCGCUGGGCGAGGGGCAGGCUGUGAAGGUGAAGAAGGAGAUCGAGGAGCAGGGCGAGGAGAAGGUGAAGGUUGAGCCCCAGGAGGAGCGCAAGGCAGAAUGCAGCGCCCCCAGCCAGCAGCAGGCCUCAGUCAUCCAGCAGCGCUCCAACAUGUACAUGCAGCCCCUCUACUACAACCAGUACGCCUACGUGCCCCCCUACGGCUACCCCGAGCAGGCCUACCACGCCCAGCUCAUGAGCACCAGCGCCGUCUACAGGCAGCAGUAUGAGGAGCGGCAGAGGCAGGUGGCGGAGCAGCACCGCGCCGCGGAGAAGAAGUCAGAUGCGGCUCUGAAGGAGCGCGAGGCCUCCAUGAAGGAGGAGUGGAAGCACAAGGGCUCCGCCCCCCCAACCCUCUCCAAGGCCCCCAGCGUCUCUGACCUGGGCAAGCCCCCACCCCCCGGCAAGGUUAAGGACUCUUCUGAGCCCACCAAGUCUGUCAUCAUACCCAAGGGGGAGGAGUCUAAGGCUGCGUCCCAGCAGGCCGAGGGGCUGAAGGGGAAGCUGGGUGAGGGGGGGCACCAUGGCAAGGAGGAGCAGAAGCCCGGCUUGGACCCCACCAGGCCGGGGAUGGAGCCAGCCAUGUGGUACAGACAGGAGCCAGACUCACGGCUGUGGCCCUACGUGUACCCCAGCAAGUAUCCUGAAACGCCGAAGCAGCAGCAGGAGGAGGAGGUACAGCGCUGGAAGGAGGAGAGGGAGAGGGAGAAAGAGAGGGAGCGAGAGAGGAAGGGAAAAGAGGAGCGGCCACGGCCCAAAGACUCCGCCCCCAAGGAGGAGGGGAAAGAGAGCUCAGACCCGCGGACGUCGGCGGCCUCAUCGGACGACCACCGGGUUGCGGCCAAAGAGCCCCGCCCCACUGCCCACAUGCAGUUCCCCGGCCUGGCCCAGCACCAGCCCUAUAUGCCCUACAUGCAUGGCUAUCCCUACGCCCAGGGCUACGACCCCAACCACCCCGGAUACCGGGGCAUGCCCUCCGUCAUGAUGCAGAACUACCCAGGCUCCUACCUGUCCGCGGGAUACUCCUUCCCGCCGUACGGUGCCAAGAUGGGCAGUGAGGAAGGCGAGAAGUCGCGGGCAAGCCCCACGGUGGCGGGCAAGUCUACGUCGGAGGCCAAAGCCUUGGACAUCCUGCAGCAGCACGCCAGCCAGUACAAGAGCAAGUCGCCCACGGUCAGCGAGAAGCCGCCGCACGAGCGCGAGAGGGGCGGGGCGGACCGUGACAGGGACGCCGACAGACCGCGUUCCUCCCCCUCCCAGCGCAUAAUGCCCUCCCACCACCAUGCCCUGGGAUACCCCCUGCUCUCAGGACAGUAUGACCUGUCCUAUGCCACAGGUCUCUCCUCGUCAGCCAUUGUUGCCAGUCAGCAAGCCGCCGCCCCCUCCUUGUAUCCACCUGCACGGAGGUGAGAAUGGGAGAUGUGAUUGGUUCACAUCGACUGGACAGAGUCAUGUGACUGGAUCACACGAGGAAGUGUGCGGAGCUGGAUUAGACGUCAGUUGAAUGGUGUUUCUGUGUUUGGUUUUGCGCCUGAACAUUGGCUAGACACUCACGCAGGCCCCUAGGAGUCUAGAAGCCAUCCUCCUGUGUCACACAACCAGCCAAUGAGCAGCUUCCUCAGCACUGCUUACCUGGCAGCCAAACGGACUGACUAACUGCCUGAAAAGACUAGUCUGAUUGAUAGCAUUAUUUUCACAUUUGCAGCUAGCUGGGAGGUGGGGUGGGGGAGUG